AUGUCAUCUUUCCAAAGUUCUCAAACAAAUGGUAACAAUUAUAAUGAUCUUCUCUUGAUAUGGUGCGAUCCGGGUGUGGACAGCGAAGAGAACAAACAGGCACGAGAGACUUUUACUAAGAUCUACGAUCGAUUUCAGACGUUUCAAACCGUAGUUGAAUGUGAAAAUGCUAUUCGACAACGUCCUACUACUGACAGAAUCGAUCUUAUCACUACCGGAGGAUUUGCCCAAGAUAUGAUGCCUCGUAUACACGGGUUAGCACAACUUUCGACAGUUUAUAUUUUUUGUAUUAACGAAAAGAAAUACACCAAAUGGGCAGAAUCAUUUAAUAAAGUCAAAGCGAUCAUCGUCAACAGCACUAAACUCAUCUCCACAAUUCAAUAUGAUUACGAACAACGAAAGAAUCAGACGACACCUACAACAGCAGUUCAUUACACUCUUGACUAUUUUAUUAAUGCGGGUGAACGUCAAUAUGCUGAUAAUACGAUCGAUGAUAUUGCGAAGAAACUCGUUGGCGAGUUUAAAAGCAGUCCGAAUCGUGAUUUCAAUGCCCUCAUUUCGGAAACUGUGCAGCCACUGAUGUAUUUAUUGAAGCGUGAACAAAAUCUAGCAGAUUUUUCUAACAUAUUAAAGAGCUUACUCAUAAAAGAAAGGAACAUUCCUUGCAUUAACCUGCGUCAACUAGUCGACAAUAUCCUUGUUCACUCGGAUAAACUUUUACGUCGACGUUUAAUAACGCUUAUUAGCAAACGUAACCCUGUUCCAUUGAUUCAACCUUGUCGCGAUUCUAUGAACAAUGAAUAUCGUUCAAUAUCCGAUAUUAUUCACGUGUGGGACUACCGCCUACCUGUGCUUCUCUCUUUCGGCAUUGGCAAAUGUCGAGGGAAAACGUUAUUACUGAACACUAUUUUUCACAGUAACUUUGAACCGUCCGUGAAAGAUGAUUAUUUUGUUAACACCAUUGAUGUUGAUUUUGGUUAUCAAUUUAGUGAACGGCGUCCUAUUAAUGUCGCAGAUAGUCAUGGCGAAAUUUCUGUCAAAAUACUCACUGAAACAUCAAUGUUAUUUAACGGUUUUCUCAUUCAUAUUGAAUCAAAAUAUCUAUGUGCUAAUUCAUCUAAUGUACUUCAAUACCUUAAAUUGCUCUCUCCGCAAAGCUACAUUAUCUUACUCAUUCGUGAUGUUGAAGAUGAGGAUGAUGCAGCACUAAGAACGACUGUCGCAAAUGUCACUUCGUUUUGUUCGAAUAGUUGCGUUCAUUAUUUACCAAACGUUAUCGACAAGGAAAAUAUUGAAAACAAAACUAAAAUAGAUGAAGUACGUGAAAAUAUUUUUCACGACGCCCAUCGACACCAAUGCUGUAGCGAAGAAAUACUUCAAAAACAUCUUAUAAACUUGCUAGACGAUGCACAACGACAAAAUCUUCUACAAGAAACAGCUUUCAUCAAUUCGGUUCGCCCGAAUCUCAUAGAUGGUAAAAAAGAGAAUUAUCCUGUGUACGCUUCUUUUACAACUCUUUGUGAGAAGCGGGCAGAAGCAUUUAAGAUAGAUCCGUAUGGAAAAAUUUUUGAAGAUGAACAAUUGCAGCGACUUAACCUUGAAUUGUUUCGUGCUGAUGCUGACUUUAAAGAGAAAUUGAAGAAAGAUUCUCGAACCUACGGCGCCGGUUUCAAAACAUUUUUCAAUCUGCUUCGAAAUGAAGAAUCCAGAUUGAUCAACUUGGAUGUAUUAUCGAUAGAAUUAAAGAAACAGCGAGCGACAAAAGAAACAAAUGAAGAACGAUUACCAUUCUACGAACAACUCUCGCUUGAAAUUCACUGGCGUAAUGCGAUGGUUUGUUCAGUUGGUUUAUCCGACGCUGAUCAACACAUACUCGUUCAAGCUUAUCGAGAUUAUCUUGCAGCAGGAAAUUCAUUUGAAAUAGUCGAUGGCGAUAAUUUCGAAAUGCAAACUAAUUUCCUUACAAAAGUCAUGCACUUAUUUCCGAACAAGAAAUUCUUCGUCAUCAGCAUAGUUGGUCAACAAAAUAGUGGUAAAAGUACAUUGCUGAAUUUCCUAUUUGGCACUUUGUUCGAAACACAUUCUCGUAGAUGCACCAAAGGUGUUUAUGGAACAUUGGUGAACGUUCAAAACAUAACUAGCAAGAGUAAACUCAUUCCACUUGAUUAUGAUUACAUUCUUCUUGUCGACACGGAAGGCAUACUAUCCAUUCAGAAGAAAGAUACACAAUAUGAUAGAAAAAUUAUUCUUUUCUGCUUGGCUGUAUCUCAUUUGAUGAUUGUUAAUGUGGACGGAGAAGUCAAUGAAGUGGUGAAAGACUUUUUUAUCAGUUGUACACAGGCACUGAAAUAUCUCGGCGAGACACGAGUUAUACAACCCACCGUGCGUUUUGUUUUCAACAGACGCACUGUUACAGAUAAGACGUAUUGUGAAGAUCUUUUUCAACGUGUUCAUGAUCCACUGAACAAAAAUAACUUGGGAAAUAUAAUCGAUCUUCAACGAGAGAAUUUUCAUGUUUUACCAACGGCAUUCAAUCGACAUCCAACAGAAAUUUUAAAUGGCAGAUGCAGUAUAUUAUCUGCAGAUAUCAAAUUUGUUACACAUGCUCAAAAGUUAACCGAAAUGAUUAUUCUUAGUUCACUUGAUAUUAUCCAACGAACUGGCGAUUACUUCUGUAAACCCACAAAUUGGAUCGGAUUUGCAGAUAGAGUACUGCAAACGAUUAAAAAACAUCCUGAUCUAACCCGUUUUCAGGACGCUUUUGAGCGCAGCCAGUACAAUACAAUUCGCGAAUGUAUUCGAAAAGAUUUUGAGGAACAUUUAACUGCAGUAUUGAGUCGCCAACUAAUCUGGAAGAAUAUACGUAACAAUUUUGCUGAUAUCAAAGGUUGUUUCAACAAUGCAUACAAAAAACUGCUUGACACUCUCCAAGAAAAACUUAAAGAUCACUGUAACCAUCACCAAGCAAGUGAAGCUGUGCUCAAGUGUUCGUCGGAAUUUAUGCGUGCACAGUUGAGCAAUAUAUUUUCGUCGUGGGAAAUCUCAGCUAUAAUGGCUUCUAAGCGGCACAAAAUCGACGAAAUAUUCGGUAGCAUUGACACGAAGCUUCAUAAAAAAGCCAUCAGUAUCACUCAUAAAAACUGUCUCAUGGAUAGAGAAUCAGCAAAGAAGAUGUUCGACGAAGAGCUGCAAGAUAUAUUUAAUGAAAUCCAAAAACAAUUCAUCCCCCGAAAUGUAUGGGAGCAGUCAAUUGACAUAAUUUUUCAUCUAUUGAAUACAUUUAGUGAAGAUGAUUUACCAUCAGAAGCUAAUGUGCUUAUCUACUUAGAUUUUCUCAAUGAAUUAGAUAACACAUCAGACAAACCCAUCUCGAUGAACAGCUGUUUAGCGAAAAUUAAAGACAAAUUCAUAUCCGUCACUUCCGAUUCAAAUCCAUUGGCAGAACAUCGAAUCCACGAAUCUCCCACAAUCCUCCUUGCUGAUGUUCAACGAUCUUACACAUUCUUGGACAAUGGUGCAUUGGAGAGAAUAUUCAUGGAUACUCACUCCGAUGGGAAAAUGAAGAGACAAGCAUUUCAACAAGGAACACGUAAGUUGUAUUCGAAACUAUUUGAUGAGAAUUGGAAAACAAUUAUUCAAAUACCGAAGAUUCUUAACACUUUAUUUGUCGAUCUACAACAGAUUUUCUCGUCAACAAAUAAGAAUGAGUCUUGGACUGAAAUACACCUUGCCAAAAAAGUUCUAGAAAAGGUGAACGAUGUUAUACAAAAGUGCAACAAAGAAUUGAACACAUUCAACUUUUGUUUAUCGAAAGAAUUUCGUAGCGCAUUGUACACUUAUGCUGUCAUUGGAACAACUCUGUAUUACUAUAACGAACAAAAGACCCAUAUUAUCGAUAUUCUCAAACAAGCACAUGCAAAUAGAGAGAAAUCGAUCGAACGUUUUCUUCCUUGGGUGGUUCUGAUGGACAAUGAUGAUCAAAGAGCAGCCGAGAAUUGUACUAAUGGUCUUUUACAAGUUUUGCGUCAGUCGAUGGAAUCAGAAUUAAAAGAAACGAUCGAGAAGCAUAUUCAUAACAAUAUGGCUAUAUUAAGUCGACAUUCGAUCAUUAAGGAACUGGAUCAUGACGUAUACGAUGCUCCUGAUGAUUGGCUUCUACGAUAUGUUCUUGAUCUUCCUGAGCUGAUAACUGAACGACUGGAUGAAAAAUGGAUGAUACUUAAACAAGUUUCGGAUACAGAACUUAGUACACUCCUGAAUCCAAUCUUAGCGACAAUAGAUGACUUUUUUCAAUUAAUCGAAGCUGUAAAUAGCAAUUUGCAAAGACAAGGCGCCCAUUGUCUUAAUUUCGUCGACGAUUUAUUUAAACUAAAAGAUGAACAAAUGAAUACAUACGCCAAUGACAAGGAGUUUUGUAUGGCCAAACUGUUUUAUUACUACCUUAUCGAUGAACCUUUCCCAACAGAAAUCUAUACUAGAAAUGAUUCAAUCUAUAUUGUCGAUCCCAAAUGGCGCACGAUUGCCGGUACUUUUCCAAAACCAAGUGCAGAAAUAAAACAAAUUUUUCUCUUACUUCGAGAUGUAUUCGAAACAUCGAGAAUUCGCUAUCUUGGAAAUUUUCUUGAACAUAUACUCAAGCAACAAAAUGAAACAAAACACGCCAUACAGCACCAGCUAAGCUCUUAUAUUGAAGCACAAUAUUCACUUUUCAAAGAGCAAGUAUACGAGCGAGUUCGAAGUUGCCAAGGGCGAUGCCCUUGCUGCCAACGUGUUUGUGACUUUGACCAUUACUCUAUAGACAUUACUUCGCCAAUCGGACAAGGAGAUAACAAACAUCGCUGCCAGUCCGGCCAUCAAAUUCGAGCUAUGGGUGGUAUUUACUAUGAAACUACUUACGAAGCUUCCGUAUCACGAUGUGAAUUCAUCCAAGAUGAUGGUCGAGUAAUCAUCAACGGUAACCGUCCACAAACAUGGAAGGAUUUUAAGAGUGCGAAUAGUACUUGGAAUUAUGAUGACGAUCUCGAAGUUUGUAAAGCAUUGGAAACCCCUCAUGGAUAUAUCUGGGAGAGAAUCGGUAAACAAUUAUGUCAACAUUUUGCUAACGGCAUGAAAUUUGUCAAAGAGAAUCGUUUGUUAGCGAAUCAUUAUAUCUUUUUGCUUGAUCACUCAGGUUCAAUGAAUGAAAAACAGAGUGAUGAUAACAACCGGACUUUUUGGCAGAUUUUGACUGGUACAAAUAACAAUUCUAAUCAAAAAGUUCUCAGUCCAUGGGAGCAUUUGGGUCAAGCUGUCCGAGAUUUUAUUAAUAUUCGUAUUCAUCAAGCGUCUUUGAAUGAUCAAAUUACGAUAAUUCUCUUCGCUAAUCGAGCAGAAAGAAUUUUCAAUCGAGAAAAACUAACCAACAUUGAUGUCGAUAGAAUCAACACACCAAUGAACNGGCAGAUUUUGACUGGUACAAAUAACAAUUCUAAUCAAAAAGUUCUCAGUCCAUGGGAGCAUUUGGGUCAAGCUGUCCGAGAUUUUAUUAAUAUUCGUAUUCAUCAAGCGUCUUUGAAUGAUCAAAUUACGAUAAUUCUCUUCGCUAAUCGAGCAGAAAGAAUUUUCAAUCGAGAAAAACUAACCAACAUUGAUGUCGAUAGAAUCAACACACCAAUGAACAUUUAUGGAUGUGGAACAGAUUUUUCUGCUGCAUUUGAAAAACUCAUUGAAGUCCUUGAAGAAAUCGAUAAUCACCCCGAUCGAGAUGUUUUACGGCAAACAAUUGUUUUCAUGACUGAUGGAUACCCUCAGGAAUAUCCAACUGAAAAAUUACAACAACUAUGUACUUAUAGAACUGAUAACGCUCGGGGUCCAGAUAGCAAAUCGUUGAUACACAAAUUUUGGAUAGUGGCCCUUGGAAACUAUAAUGAAGAAGUUAUGCAAAAAAUCAAUCAAACAAUGCAAGGAGAUAUGGUUGAUAUUCGACGUCCAGAAGAAUUAGAAGAAGCAUACGCACAAAUUGCGGAAAUUAUGUAA